CUUUAGAAAGGCCUUUCUCUUUAUCUGCAUUUACUUCAGCUCUCUCUCCCUCUCUCUCUCACUCUAUCAAAUCCUCUGAAAUUGCAGUCAACACGCCCGACUUUAAUCGAUCUGAGUUCCUUUUCGUCUUCCUCGCGUCGCGAUCCCUUCAGAAACCCUAGAUAUUUACACCCGCAGUUUGGCAGUCUUCGGUGCAGAUUUUGAAGGAUUUAAAGGAAUCUAGCAGCAUGCCUUGGACGUCUUCUUUUGUGAAUUACAGCCGGAACUGCGUUCGCUUGGUGGUGUUCUUCCGUGUCAUACUAUAAGAUUGGAUCUUCUUUGUGAAAUAGCUUUGAAUUGUAAGCGGGGCAUUUCUUUUUCCACUUUUGUUCCAUACCGGUCCUGGAAGAGUGAUGAUGUACAUUGCUGUUAAUCUAAGAGGAUACCGAACAGUGAGGGAAGUUGGAAAAAUUACAAUGAACGUCAGAAUCAUCGCAUACUACCAAUUGAUGCAAGUUUGUCAGGCUGAGUACUUCCGUCAAUUGCUUAAACCUGUUACGUAGUCCAACUAUUUGGGAAGCUCUGAAACUGAGACCGUCAUUUUCUUGCUUAACUCAUUCAUCACAACGCAUUGAAAGAGAUGAAAUAAUUUUGAUGGCUGUGAUCUCCCACACCCUCAUCGCAGUAGUGUAAACUCCCGUCUAGUCUCCCCUGUACUGUAAACUACACAUCCCAUCCUUGUCAGGACGUAUGAUCGAACCCAAAACCAGUGCCAUCGAACCCUAAACCAGUGUGAUCCGAGCACCAACCUAGCAUUCAUCUGUACUUCGCAUCCAACAUCCAGAAAGACCUAUGCAGAGUGACCAGAAAUUUUACCCUAGAAAGGUGGUGCCCCCUCCUACAUCCGAAGUGGAUGGUUAUACCUACAACAUCCCUGUUGCACCCUCCUUAGACCCAACUCUAGUGACUGGGAAGCCCGUGGGGCCCUUUCAUGGAGUCGAAAUCCAAGCCUCUGAGAUGUGUCCCAAGAACUUCAUCAUCUUUGACCAGACCGAUAACAAGAGCAGGAUCAUGUUCCACCCUGCAAUGGCCAGCAAGUUUCAUUACCCUGGCUUUGAUAUCCAUGCAACUUACACUCAAGAGAAUGUCGGUGGUAAAGAUGAAGAGGACAAUGAAUCCAUACUCAAGGAAGAUACGAAGGAUAUUGAUGCUUUGAUGAGCUUGGAAGAGGACGAAGACGAAGACGAGGAGGUCAGCACUGGCCGCACUAUGGGCGACUGCAGGAGCAGCUCCCCAGAUUCAGAUUCCACAAACAGCACCAAUUCCCACAAUACAAGGCUGUCCUCCCUUCAAAAGCAAUUCUCUUGUAACGCAAGCAGCUGCAGCACCAGCAGCAAAAGGAAGCAACAGAGAAUGAAGAAGAUGAUGAAGGCACUGAGAGGGAUCGUGCCCGGUGGCAAUCGUAUGGAUACUGCCACAGUGCUUGAUGAAGCCGUUAGAUACCUGAAGUCUCUGAAGGUAGAGGUGAAGAAGCUUGGGAUAGGGAAUUUCAAGAAGAAUUAAGCUCCCAAGGUAAUCCUGAAUAUAAUCAACCUCUACAGUAUUGAUUAUCGUUAAUAUGUUAUUGUUGUUGUUAUUAUUAUUAUGACUCUGGUAGGAGCGAUAUCUCGCUCCCGCACUCACUGUCUUAACUUUUAAAGCAUGGAGGCCGUUUGAAGGUUGAUGACGGUAUUUGGUAUGGGAUGGGUGAUGCCUUGCUUUGGAGUAGUGGAUGCUGUUGCUCUAAGGAUAUUUCUUUUCCUUUUUCUUUUUCCUUAGUGGGGUUUUCGACUUUUUAAACUUUUCUGACCCAGACCCUUUCUUCCUUAUGGAGGAAUGAGGGUGGGUUUGAUGAUGGAGGGUGACUUGUGUAUGUGAUCUUCAUAUUCUGUCAAAAUCUGUGUGUCGGACCUAGCACUGGCUCUUUUAAUGGAAUGCUUAAUUUUAAAAAAAAUUCAUCUUCUUGUUCUUGUA